UGAUGGCCGCUUUCAGAGCGGCAGUUCAUGCAGUUUCCAAGCUCAUCGUCGGCAUGGUGGCUCUUUAAGUUUGCAUCUGCCUCAUGGAGGAACGGCGCGUGGAACUAUUGACGCUUUGAUCGAACGAGGAGGACCUAACGUUAAAGUGUGCUUGGUGAUUCCUGGAGUUUCGGUAGUGCUUCAUCUCAGAGAAUGGAUACUCCGGCUAAAGUGCUGUCGAAAGCGCAGCAGCGCAAGAGUCUUUCUUCCUCUAGAAAGAAGCGGAAAGUCUUGCGCCCUACUCUUCUCAAUCCGUAUAGGAUAGCAUGGCCAAAGCUGAACCAGGAGGGAAAGGAGGAGUUGCUUGCAGCUCUCCAACUAAGCCUGGAAGGGCUGAGUGCUCUGGAAUCAAGUCAUGAUAGGAGCUAUAAGAAGAAGUACCUCAAACUCUACAUGGAGACAAAGCAGCAAGUUUGGAAAGAGAAGGGACAGGAAAGGGCAGAGAAGAAGAGGGAGGGGCAGAAAGCUCUACAUAGGGAAGUUCGUUCCCGAUUACAGGCAUGGCAAAGGGAGCUGAAACAGGAGACUGUGGAGCAACAGGUCACAAGGUGUGGACUCAGCAUAAAUGUCCUUCGGGAAAAGAGGUUCAUGAUGGUCAUAGGAGUGAAUGCUGUGAUGAGGGCGAUUGAGAGGGACAGACUUGCUGGAGUGAUAGUGGAUGGAUCGCCAACUUGUGCUCCAUUGGUGACCCCAAUUGUCCCACUUUGUCUCUCCAGGAAGAUUCCAGCAAUUGCUCUCCCAUCACUGUCCCAUGUCAUGGCAUCAUCCAUCCACGUUGGAUCAUGCACUGCUCUUGGACUGAAGAGAGGAGUUGAAAAACAGGGAUCCCCUCUUCAUGCACUCUAUGAGGCAGUGUCCAAAUGCUUCAAACAACAGGAUCUCGAUCCUGGCUAUGCCAUAUCAUUUGUGUCACCACGGGUGAACGAGGGACACGAGACGGAGGCUUCUGGGAUCUCUGAAAAGGAUGAAAGCCAACCAACAUCAGAUGGGGAACGUCUUGAUCACCUUGUGAAAAACAGAGACUCUGUUAACCAGGAGGAGUCAAAGGGGUUUGCUUACCUCCAUCGAGGGGAUUCCAAGCAGAGAGUCUUUGUUCCCCGGGAAAGUGUUUUUGUGCUGGGGGCUCCCACCUCCUCCUGUUUAAAAAGCUCAGAAAAAUCCAAGGAAAGCCUCAACUCAACUAAAGGUGUUUCAAUAGAGUUCAGGUCUCCAACUGUUGUCAAUGUUGAGUCUGGGCCCAAAGUGAAAAUAUCAAAGAAAUGACUGCCCU